AUGGACCUACAUCUAAAACUGGGACUUCUGCUGGCAUUGACCACUUCUACCAUUGCAGAUGUUCCAUUUUAUGUUCCUCAAAUUACAUUCAAGCCAUUUCAAGGAAAACUUACAUACUCAACUUUCACCCUUGAUGAACCACAGUGUAUCUUCCAACAAUAUAAUACAAGUACAGUUUGGUUGGUGGUUGCCUUAAAUAGUGCUGUGCCAAACUUAACAGAAGCAAAUCUGAGUACCCUAGCUAAUUAUUCCUCAUUCAAAAAAAAUGGUUAUCAUCAUAUUUACCCAAAAACUGCCUCUAAAUACCCAUGCGCUGACAUGGCUCCGCAACCCAUUGCUGUGCUUCCAGUUGGAAUUGAAUCAAAUUGCACAAAUGUUAAUUUCUGUAAUGGCCCUUUACCCAACCCUGGACCUUACCGGGCUAAAUUUGUUGUGCUAAACAACAACAACACAAUGGUAAAUUCAACACGAUGGUCUGAAGUCAUCAACCUAAGAACAGUAAUGCCUCCACCUAAUCUGGUGCCACAAGGACGCAGUGCUGGAAUGAUUGUAAUUGUAGUCAUUCUCUCUGUCCUCACCGCUAUUUUGUUGGCAUGUCUCAUAGCUGCACUUGUUAUGGGCAGCAAAGACAUCUGCUGGUGUCACACAUUGGACAGUGAAGGAUUCUUGGUGAUGGAAGAGGUGGACAUGGAAGAAUAUGUAUUAAAUACUACAUACUUUCCACAUAAUAUGUACAAGACACAUUCAAGACGACUCACAAAAAAACCAAGUACUGUGUACACAGUGUUUAAAUGA